AUGGGUAUAGAUGAUUCUUAUUUUGAUGAAGAUAUUUUACAAGUUAUAUUAAAUUUCGAAAAUAAAUCCGAUUAUGACCAUAUCAGAAGAACUUCGGAAAACUACAGAAAUCAUAACAGAUGCGUUCAUUACAUUCCAGAUGAAAUUGACCCAGAAUUCGCUGACUUAGUUCCUCAUAAACCGUCAAAAGAUGGAUCCAGAUCCGAAAAAAUUGAAUACACUGACGAUGAGGAUCCGCCAGCGGAUGAAGAACCGUCAGAAUCUGAAAAUCUUUCACUUCCAACAGAUUAUCCAAAAUUCAACAAAAAAUCUAUAUUUGGUUCCGAUAUCAAAGUACCACCAGAUUGGAAAAGGUUUUCAUUUUUCUUCAAGGCGAAGGAAAUUCCAGAUGAUCCUCAAGAAUUCCAAAAUUUAUUAUCCAAAUUUAAACAAGAUCUUUAUAAUACGUACUCGUCUUUAAUUCGUAUUAAUGAAGAAAACAUCUCGGCUGUUGCAGUUUACGAUUCUCAGCAAGCAAAAGAAAUUAUGAAUUCAGCUUUUACUGAUUUUCAUAACUUUGAGAAAAUUAAGAUAAACGCAAUCAAUUAUCUUAACGUCCUCAGCCACAAUCCACCAUCUCUUGAAAUGAUAGCAGAUUUUCAUCCUGAUUUGAUACAACUUCCACAGACACUCAGAAAAACUCAUGAUAAGCCUAAAAAACAAAAGCUUGGUAUCAAGCUUGGAAAAAAUCUCAGUUUUCUUGCCGUUAUUGUUCAACUUAUUACAUUUCGACCAUUAAUGCACAAACUAUUUGACGAAUUAUUCUCUAAUCCCAAUGAGCAACAGUUAAUAUACAAAGAAAUAUUAUCGCUCACAAAUCGGAACUUUUCGGAAAAUGCAGAUGUUACUUAUCUGUAUCACCUGUACUCGAAACGGCAAAAGAUACAUCAAGCUGAUCCAAUUGAUGCUUUCAAACAAUUACAAGAAUCGCUUGCAUGUGAAGCUAGGCAACUAGAUCUUAUUGAUUAUUUCAAAAAAUUCUGCUGGGGAUUUACAGAUAAAAUUGACAUUCCUCUUGUUAAUAAUAACGAACUUCAAGUUACUCCUACUUUUUCAGAUUAUCUUUUUAUUGAUGUUGCUGGUUUUACGUUUCCAUUGGAUGAUUACACAUGGAAUAACAAUCCAGCUGUAAAAUCCAAACUAGUAGCCAUAAUAACUUAUCACAGUCGACAAUAUAAUAUUAUUAUUUUGGACGAAAACAUCAAUUCAUGGAUUCUCUUUUGUAAUACCAAAAUAUCUUACAUUCGUGAUGAGGAAUUGGCGAAUAAUUUAAACAAAGGCACAUAUAAUACACCGAAAUAUUUGAUUUUCGAAAAAAUUUAG